AUGCCCGCUGGGAUGUUUAGCAUUGACAGCAUCUUGGCCGGCAGACCUAGUUGUAAGGACUCAGUUUUGCUGCAUCGGAAUGCUCCGGUUGUGUUCUCUAAUUUGACGGACUCUCUGUACGCACCCGCAGAUUAUAAUGGACUCUAUUCUCACACGGCACCCUCGGCACCAAAUUUACAGUCGGUGAACGGAACCAGAAUAGGCUAUAACAACUACUACUACGGACAGCUUCAUGUUCAAGGGCCAGCAGGUCCAGCCUGUUGUGGCGCAAUACCAACUCUCGGCUCGCAGCAGUGUCCAUGCAUUCCAACAGGCUAUGACAGUACUGGAUCGGUGCUUAUUUCUCCAGUGCCCCAUCAAAUGAUGUCGUACAUGAACGUUGGCACAUUGUCCCGGACUGAGCUCCAGUUACUGAACCAGUUACACUGCAGACGUAAGAGGAGGCAUCGCACGAUUUUCACAGAUGAACAGCUAGAGGCACUGGAGAAUCUUUUCCAGGAAACCAAAUACCCAGACGUUGGCACCAGGGAACAGUUAGCGCGAAAGGUGCAUCUACGUGAGGAGAAAGUCGAGGUAUGGUUCAAAAACAGACGAGCAAAAUGGAGAAGACAGAAAAGGUCGUCCUCUGAAGAAUCAGAGAACUCACAGAAAUGGAACAAAUCAACGAAAACAGCAACAGAGAAAACCGAGGAAGGCAAAAGUGAUGUGGAUUCAGACAGCUGA